AUGCAUUGGUUCCAGGGCGUGUUGAUUAGCCAAGUGCCCGCUAAUGCCCUGAAACUUGACAUUGAAUCCAUCGUUGGCAAGACCAUCUUGUUCGGUCGACAGUUGGGUAAGCCUGACUUCCAAAUCGGGCUCUUUUCCAUCUAUUGGGCAGUUCUGCUCGAAGUCCACGACGCUCCUAUUCCUAGGAUUCGACGUUCCGACAUCAUGUCAAUCUGCGAUCCGUCUUCUGGCGAGAUGAGAUGUAAAAGCAACAAGACCAAGGAAGCCGACACCUGUACAUGUUCUCGGACUGACCUCCUCUCGACAAUUCACUCCGGAUUUGUGGCCUUGCAGGAUUUAUUCGGCAUUGCUUCACGCCGGGCGGUCUCCAGCCGUGGCCAUGGGCGGCUCCCUGGCGAGGUUUAUGCGGAGAAUCUGCAGCACUGCGACCACGAGACCUACACCUCAAGCAAAUGUGCUUCGAGGACAUUGCAAGCCUUAUACGAUGCGCCUUUUCCUUUUCCAGCUUCCAGUGCACUGAACGUUGUUAAGCGAGUACCCAGCCAUAAACAAGCCUCGAAUCGAGAAUCGGGGGAUCCGGUGGGCCACAUCGAACUGGCGGAUCUUUGA